UCUCGCGUGCAUCGCCCGCCGGAGUAAGCAUUCCAUUCAUGUCUCGGAGCGCGCAACACGCUCGUCACCGCGCCGUGUGAGAGAGAGAGAAAAGGCCACGAGAAAGUGAGGGCCGUUCGAAAUCCCGCCGUGCCGCGAGGAGAAGCGCAGGGUCUCCUCGCUACUUGGUGGGCCGCCUUCAGCGACGGACGGGCCGUGAUGACGGCCGUGAUGACGAUCGACGGGUUCGCCAGGAACGUCAGCCAUCCGACCUGCAAGCGCGUCCAACAACGCCUGCUAGCACGUGGUCCUGCGUUAUUGUCUGAUGGGCACCGCGCUGAGUGUGUUCGGGUCUCGGGGAUGCAGUGAAGCUGCACUGGUAGAAGUCGAGAUGUUGUGAUGGCUGGUAGGUCACGACGUUCGAGCACAGAGCUCGAACCAGAUUUAUCGGCGCCAACUGCCCCAAAGAAACCCAAGCAAUCCGAAACCUCGUCCGAAUCGUCUGGAGAGGAGCACUUAACGGAAGUGGAAAGUACCGAGGCGCCGCCGACCACGAGUGAGAUAUCUUUGCAGGCGGAGGUUGUGCUCGUCCGGGAAGGGGACAAACGACUCUCAGAUGUUACGGAGGAACAGGCGGGAACGUCGAAGCAAUCGGUUUUGAUCGGCGAAACGUCCCCCCCGGAAUCGACCGAGACGGAUCUCCCCGAGCGAGAGAGCGAGACCGCGCCGAUCCCGAGUACCUCGAGAGAAGAACCCGAAGAACAGCUCGGCACGCUGAAAUCCAUUGUAAUGAAGUACAGCGAUCAGGGCGAGCUCUCUGGUCCGUCCGGGAAAAGAUCGGAGGAGACGACGAUACAAAGUUUCUUACUGCGCGAACAUGCGUCGUACGAGGACCUGUCCCUUAUCGGGAACGGCGCUUACGGGACGGUGUACAAAGCUAAGGAUAAGACUAGCGGUCAAAUCGUAGCACUUAAGAAAGUCAGGAUACCUUUGACGGAGGACGGUCUGCCUAUGUCCACGCUAAGAGAGAUUGCCGCCCUGAAGUCGCUCGAGCGAUAUGAGCACCCACAUAUCGUCAGAUUACUGGACGUCUGCCAAGGAGAUUAUCUUGAUUUACCGUCGGGUGACGGUGAACGAUCCGAAAGGCUGGACCGUGGUCUCACCCUCUGGUUGGUGUUUGAACACGUUGAAAGAGAUCUCGCUUCGUACAUUGCUCAGCAUCGGAAUAGCUCGCCACGAUCGGGCAUCCCGCCGUAUCUCGUGAGGCAAAUGUCGAAAGAGAUACUCUGCGGGGUAGAGUUCCUACAUAGCCAUAGAAUAAUACACAGGGACUUGAAGCCGCAGAACCUUUUGGUAACGCGGGAAGGGAGAAUCAAGAUCGCGGAUUUCGGUCUGGCUAAGACCUACGACUUUGAGAUGAGAUUAACUUCCGUGGUUGUAACCCAAUGGUAUCGAGCACCUGAAGUACUUUUAGGAUGUUCCUAUGCUACUCCUGUAGAUGUUUGGUCUGUCGGAUGCAUACUGGCAGAACUUUGCAAGCUGGAACCGUUAUUCCCAGGUACCAGUGAAGGCGAUCAACUGGACAGAAUUUUCCAAGUUUUGGGUACUCCGUCGCAGCAAGCGUGGCCAGAGAAUGUAUCGCUCAGUUGGACAGCUUUCCCAUACAGACAACCCAGACCUCUCGGUGCAAUAAUACCAGAUCUCAGCGAACAUGGAUUAGACUUAAUAAGGAAUAUGCUCAUGUUUGAUCCUCAUAGUCGUAUAACUGCAGCUCAAGCCGUAAGACACCGAUACUUUUCCGAGGAGGGCGUACAAUGACUGUUCCAUAAGUUAUGUAGACUUAUUGCUGGAUUAAUCUGGCAAACUCAGACUGACAUAAUUAUAUUCAGGAAGAGAAGUAUAUAUAUAUAUGUAUAAUGUAUAUGUAUGUAUAUAUAUAUAUAUAUAUAUAUAUAUCAUUUAAACCUACUACAACAGUAUAAAAUAUUAUAGUACACACGUAGAAUUACUAGUAACACGUUGAUUAUUAAAUAUCUAAUCCGAGUAUUAACGAUCACUCGUGCGUAUAAAUGCUACAAUAUUAUAAAUUCAAUUAGCAUUUAAAUUUGUUAUAUCGUAUUAAAUAGUCAUUAUACAUAUCCCUUACUUUUACACAACUAGCCUUGCGUAAUUAAGUUAUUAACAGUAAAUAUAUAACAACUUAAUAAGUUUAAGAAAUAAGCUCCAUAAUAUUUAAGUUAAUUUAUCCUAGGUACCUUUAUGUACAAUGUGAAGAUGAGACGAUUAUUAUUAUUAUUUUUGAUAUGUUAUUUAUUUACAUAAUAAUGUCUUAACGUUUCAGUCAGUUGUCUUUUUAUAAUGACGUUAUGAAUUAUACCUCUCAGUAACUUUUUUUUUAUUUCACAGCAGUUAUUACUUAGCGGUUAAUAGUUUAAUUGUAUGCACGACAUUUGCAUUAGUUACGUAAAAUACGCGUAGUUGCGGCAAAUCCUAUUAGAGAUACAAAAAAGCGAUCAUAUGUAUGACAUACCUAACUUAAGUUUUGAUUCGAUGUGAAAUUAGUGUAAAUUUAAUUGUAAGAUAACGCUAUGUAUAUUUUUUUUAUAUAAGUAGAAUUACUUUUCUAAGACUGGGGCCUUUUGCGACCCAUUAGGGACACGGGAAUGAUUUAAAGAUCUUCCGAAGAAAACCAGAAAGCGCACUGCCAUUAUACUUUGUAUGUACCAUAUGAGCCAUUGCAAUCAUUAAUAGCGUAUUUUUAUUACUGUACAAUAUCGACGACACGUGUAUAAAGCAAUAAGUAACAAUAAUAUUUAUGUGCCCUUAGGGUGCAUUAUUGUGUUAAGAAUGUCGAAAAUGGAUAAGCGUAUUAUUAAGAGAAGACUGUCCUAUGAAAUAAAAGUUUUAUAGUUUUA